GUCAGCAUGUGUCCUGACUGUCAUCCACAGGUCUGGCAGUCUCACCCAUCCCGCACGGCGCUCUCCCUGACUCUUAUUUAUUUAUUUUUCCUUGGUGCGCGUCCCCGCUGCGAAAGCCGGAGCACUUCUCGCUCUCUCCCCUCUUCACUUCGCUUCCUCUCCUCCUCUCGACAGCAUCCAGAACUAUAGCGCAACCGUCCCCAUCACUCUUUUCCUCCCCUCCUCCUCUCUCUCACCACCAGAUCUCUCUCCACUGCGUCUCUCACCCCUUUGCUCCCCCUACCGCCCCCCUCCGCCUCCCCAGCUCAGUCCCUCACUCCUCUGACGCACGACAGGGAAACGAACCCGAGGAUAGAAAGAAAGGCAACAUACAAAGCAGCAGCUGACCCAACCGUCGAUAUGAUCCACAGACUCUUGCUACUGCACCGGACAGAGACACGGUCCUGAAACCGAGAGGAGAACACUCUCACCCGGCGACACUGUUCUUGAGCGCUCGCCCGGCCGGCGACGGCGGCGGAGGAGAAGGGGGAGGAGGAGGAGGAGAGGGGAGGAAGAGGAAGCGGACGGGCACAAGUCGAGGGCUUGCAUUUCAAGCAAACUGCUUAGGAAAAAAAAAAAGAAGGGGAGAGAGUCAGAGUCACCGGAGAGCAAGAGUGUGGGAGAUUGCAUUCCUAUCACGUCUUCAUUUCUCCUCUGUUUUGCCUCAGCCUCUGAGAGAGGGUGAGAGAGAGAGAGAGAGAGAGAGAGAGAGAGAGAGAGAGAGAGAGAGAGAGAGAGAGAGAGAGAGAGAGAGAUCUAACAAGAUUCAUACUAGUGGUCUUGUUUUCCUGAUGCUGUCCAAUUGCAGUACGAAACUAAGCCCGGCAUCGGACGGUGAGCGGGACGCACCGGGCAACAACAGAACACAUCGCAGGAGGAUAUGUGAAGUUGGAAUCCCACUAAACUAAUGCUGUGAAGUGGCUCUGUCCCUGGAGCCAAAACUUCAUCCCCUCGGUGUCAGCGAGGAUGCUGUGGGUUACCUUGCUGAGCACCAUAGCCUUAGGAUGGACCACCCCGAUCCCACUACUAGAGGACUCAGAGGAGAUCGACGAGCCCUGCUUCGAGCCUUGCUACUGCGAGGUCAAAGAGGGCAUCUUCCACGUCCACUGUGACAGUAAAGGAUUUACAAAUGUCAGCCAGAUCUCGCAGAUAUGGAGCCGGCCCUUCAAGCUCAACCUGCAGAGAAACUCGAUGAGGAAGCUUUACUUUAACAGCUUCCUCCAUCUCAACAAUGCCAUAUCCAUUAACCUGGGUAAUAACGCCUUGCAAGAUAUCCACGCAGGAGCGUUCAAUGGCUUAGGAAUACUCAAACGGCUGUUCCUACAUGAAAACAAACUAGAAGUUUUCCGGAAUGACACUUUUCUGGGGCUGGAGAGUUUAGAGUAUCUCCAGGCGGACUACAAUGUUAUCAAGCGGAUUGAAAGUGGUGCAUUCCGGUACCUUCACAAAUUAAGAGUGCUGAUACUAAAUGACAAUCUCAUCCCCGUGCUCCCGAAUUAUAUUUUCCGGUCUGUGUCGCUCACACAUCUGGACCUGAGAGGAAACAGACUAAAGACAUUGCCGUAUAAGGGCAUGCUGGAGUACGUUGGGAGGAGCUUAAUGGAAAUCCAGCUGGAGGAAAACCCCUGGAACUGUGUGUGUGAGAUUGUCCAGUUAAAAACGUGGUUGGAGAGAAUCCCUUAUACAGCCUUGGUUGGUGAGAUCACCUGCGAGUACCCAUUCCACUUACAUGGGAAAGACUUACGGGAAAUCAAGCGCAGUGAGCUCUGUCCGCUGCUCUCCGAUGCAGAGAUUGAGGCCAAGCUGGGAAUUCCCCAGGUCCCAUUCAGCAAUGAGAACACAUGGCCUACUAAACCUUCCUCCAUGCUCUCCUCCUUUCACAACACAGCCUCUUCUGUGGAAUACAGGGACAAAGUUGUUAAGCCUACCAAACGACCUCGGCCCACGAAGAACCCCCCAACCCCUCGUAGCUUCUACCCAGGCAUCAACCAGGCCCCUGUUGCUGGCUACCAAACAAGGCCUCCCAUUCCAAUCAUUUGUCCAGCUGGAUGUACUUGCAACCUUCACAUCAACGACCUGGGCCUAACAGUGAACUGUAAAGAGAAAGGCUUUCACAACAUCUCUGAGCUCCUGCCUCGGCCUCUCAAUGCCAAGAAAUUAUAUCUCAGUGGGAACCUAAUACAGAAAAUCUACCGUUCUGAUUUCUGGAACUUCUCAAGUUUGGAUUUACUGCAUUUAGGAAAUAAUCGGAUAUCCUACGUCCAAGAGGGCGCCUUUAUCAACCUGCCAAACUUGAAAAGUUUAUAUCUGAAUGGGAAUGACAUUGAGAAACUCACCCCUGGGAUGUUUCGGGGGCUUCAGAUGUUGAGUUAUCUGUACUUUGAGUAUAAUGUCAUACGUGAGGUACAACCUAACUCCUUCUCCCUAAUGCCAAACCUCCAGCUGGUUUUCCUCAAUGACAACCUGUUACGCUCCCUCCCCAAUGACGCCUUUUCUGGCACCAACCUUGCACGCCUCAACCUCCGCAACAACUACUUCCUUUCCAUGCCUGUGCGAGGUGUUCUGGAGCACCUGACCUCCAUCGUCCAGAUUGACCUCCACCAGAACCCCUGGGACUGCUCCUGUGAAAUCAUCCCCCUCAAACAAUGGCUGGAAAAGCUCUCUUCUGUCAUUGUGGUUGGAGACGUCAUCUGCAAGACACCUGACUUUGCUUUUGGGAAGGACUUGCGUUUACUGCAGGUUGAAGUCAUCUGCCCUGAGCUCAAGUAUUCUUCAGGCCCCUCACCGGCCCUGCCAGGUGGGGAUGACCUCACCACGGGGAGCUCUGACAUGGGGGAGGCAGGUGGCAGAGGGGCUGUCCCACUGUCUGUCCUCAUCCUCAGCCUACUCAUCCUCUUCAUCUCUGCUGUGUUUGUGGCUGCCGGGCUUUUCGCCUUUGUUCUUCGCCGCAGGAAGAAGCUACCCUUCCGGAAACGUUCUGAGGUAGAUCUGACGGGGAUUCAAAUGCAAUGCAGGAUUUUUGAGGACCCACCAAGGCAGAGCUAUGCUGGUAACACUGGCACACCAGAGAAACCGACAGCCAGUAUGCACACACACACUCACACUCACACUAGUCACGCACAUGCCCACGGUCACGUUUAUGAUUACAUCCCCCACCCUGUGACUCAGAUGUGUAACAACCCCAUCUAUAAACCUAGAGAGGGGGAGAUAGCAGAGGAAGACAGAGCGCACUUUUCAGAGAAGAAAGACAAUGGCAGCAGUAGCAACAGUAACUACAGAACCUUGUUAGAGAAAGAGAGAGAGUGGACCCUGGCCGUCUCAAACUCUCAGCUCAACACUAUCGUCACAGUUAACCACGCCACGGCUGACAUGGCAGGAUUUCAUGAGAACGGAGGGCUCUGUCCAACAGUUAUUGACAGUCAGAGGCCGACGCCGACAGUGGGCUUUGUAGACUGUUUGUAUGGGACAGUGCCCAAACUAAAGGACAUGCAUGUGGCGCAUGCGCACCCUCCAGGCAUGCAGUACCCGGAUUUGCAGCAGGAUGCACGGCUGAAGGAGACAUUGCUUUUCACGGCGGGGAAAGGCUGCUACCCCGACCCGUCCCAAAGCGAUUACCUCGAGUUAAGGGCCAAACUUCAAACCAAGCCGGAUUACCUCGAAGUCUUGGAGAAAUCUUACCGGUUUUAACAUCUCCAGCCCAUGGGGAGAAAAAAAAACAAAAUCAACACAUUCACUUUGCCACCCUCGAAAACAAAAAUCACCCAAAACCAAUAUCAAAAAAACAAACAGCAUGAUAUAAAAUAAAAUAUUAUAUUACAGUUACAACAAAGUCCCCCCCCCUCAAAUCACUUUGGAGGAGAGGCCAUUCUCAGAUAUUUCAAUGAAGUGCCUUUUUUUCAGAGUAGCCAGCAAUGUCAACAGCCGUUAUUUUUAUAAUAUAUAAAUAUCUCUAUAUGCCCAAGAAAGAGCAAAAGAGGAACGAGAGGGGCACCGGGGAAUGACACAUACAACACAUCCUAAAAACACAUCCGUCACUAAAACCCCUUUUUAUGGAGUUUCCAUGAUACGAAAGACGCACGGGAGCUGGACGUCUCCCUGACUUGGGGGGGUUUCCCUUCUGUCUCUUUUACCCCUGACUAGGAUGUACAAACACCCGGAGGCCGUGCACAUAAAGUUUGUAGGAAAUGAUCGAAAGAGAGAAAAAAUACAUUAUAUUAAAACAAAACUGCAGUUUGCUGCAUGCACUUGCUUCAGUGCAGGAAGUGAGGGGAUUUACUCAGAACUAUCACAUCACAUUAUGAACAGAGAUACUGCAACGCAUUUACAGUUCAGUGUUCUAUUUAAUUUUUAUAUCUUAUUAAUAUGGUUAUUACUAUUAAUGAGGACUUCUGUCUAUAUCAGGGUGCUUCUCGUAAAAAGGACGCGCCGACGCACGGAUGGUAAAACAUUUGUGAAUAUUAUUAUAAGACAACGCUCAAGGUUUUCUGGAUAUUUCCAUGCACUUUGUUGACCCCCCCCACCCCCCUUCCAUUGCUUCUGGAUUCCCCAUCGUCACCCACUAACGGCUUUGUAGGAGGCACUUUUAAUGUUUUCUCUCUCACAAAGAUUUCCAAGAAAAAUGUGCAUAUAUUUAUUCUGUAAUUUCAGUGAAGAAUUUAAUUGUAACGGUAAUGUUAAAUCAAUGUAUAGUGAUUAUGCGUCUGGUAUAGCCUUCUUAAUAAAAACAAACUCUUCAAUCAAACGAUGAAAGGGUCGAUGCCACGGGAGCCUGUGUGUGGAGCACUAUUGACAGCUGUGUAUUUGGUGUCUUGUUAAAACGGCAUUUCGAAGGUGUGGCCAACCAUCAUGAGGUAAUGCUGCUGGAGAUGGAGGAAUAGCUACUGAACCAAUAGAGUGCUGGACAGGUAGUGGAGGGCAAUAACAUUUAAACUCAGUUCAGCUGCUUUUUACUUUUGGAUUAGUACCAAAUUAAUUAAAGUUAAAAGGUCAAUUAACAAUUUUUCUUUCUGGGAAAUAUAAUGGCUUGUUCUGUCUGUUGGUAGUUUGUCCUAUGAUCUUCACCUGCUGGACAUCAUAGUGCACUAUUUUCUAUUCCCCACGACAUAAACGCUACUAGUAAUCUGAAGGUACAGAAAACGCAACGCCAGAACAAGACAAACGAAUGCUGCUGGUUUCUGGAGUGGAUGAUAUGACAGGAAAUACCAAAUCAGCGAGGUGCGCUGAGAUCUUAAUUAUCUAAAUGGGUAUUGGUGAUGCAGGCUAAUGAACAGAAAUUGAGAAGGUGAAUGGAAAUGUGAUUGGAAAUCGCUCUUUGGAUUUGCGCAUCUAAUUUUUGACUCCCUCCAUAGUAGCAGCGUGGAUUCAGUCCACUAGAGGGGGAUAACAAUGCGACGGGAGUCAUUAGGCAACUACUAGAUUGGAUGCAGUUGUAAUGUAAUGCACAAAAAUGUUUAUCUUAAGAGAUCAUCAUGUGUCAUAUUGAAUUAUUUUGAAAAUAUAUAUAUAUAUAUAAAAACCUACAAGUGGCAUAAGAUACUUUUAUUCAUUCCAGCGCAGUUUCAUCUGUUUUAUGCCUUUUUAUUUUUCUUUAUUUCGACCAAUUGUCGAAUUAAAGCAGGUCGCUCUCGCUGUAUAAGCAAAAGAAAACAUUAUUUUCAAAAAAGAAAACAAUCUUGAAAAGAGUUGACUUUUGCUUUUAAAUAUUUCAUUUUAAUUUUUUAAUUUUGCUGCAUUAAAAUCCCUAAUGGUAAAUUAAUCCUCAAUAGUCUCUACCACAGCAAACUUUAAUUGCUUAACUUAUUUUGCUGUGAUUUUUUUGAUAUGUUAUGUUUCCUGAUCCAAGCCUGAUUCAUUUUUUGGGACCAAAUAGUACAAGCAGACAAAAAAAAAAAACCAAGAUUGAAGCAGCUGUUGAGUAAAUAUGGUGUCGCGGUACACUUCAUCAUAGUGCUAUUUCCUUUUCUCUUUCCCAAGGUGACACUUUUAAUUGGGGAAACGUUUGAUGCAAUCUUGAUGUCUAUGAAUUUGUGAAUAUCAAUGGAAAGGAGGGUGCAUUUCUGUUUUGUUUAAAAAUGGGCAUGAUAUGCAAUUUGCUUUGAUUUCAAUAGGUUUCCUUGGAGUGAUGAUCCUCAUUUGCAAUUUGGGUGUUAUAGUUUUUCAUAUGUGUCAACUUACACUAAGUGGAAGAUAUGUAGCAAACCACAUACUUCCCUGUUAAAUGGGAAGGCCCUUAGCUAGUUUAGAGAAGUCAUCACAGGUAUUGAUCAUCAAUGAUCCAGUCUAUAAGCUUGCAUAAUAUGAAACAUUUUACCCUGUGUUGUAUUCAUUGUUUCAUUUCUUUGACAAAUAUUGUUGCUGAAAGGAGAGGAGGGUCAUCUUAAUAUAAAGCCUUUCUAAGCAUGGUAGCAUUAUGUCGAGGCUCUUUUGUUUUCUACUCGCAGAACGUUUCACAAUGCUGUACCCCCAUAUUCUGCUGCCCCACCUCAUUUGUCUCAUUUUCUUUUUUUACUUUAUCACUUUAACACACAUGCACACACACACACACACACACACACACACUGAGACAUCUACACACACACACACACACACACACACACAUACACGUUAAGCCUUCCUUUUCCCUGACCAAGAGGUUAGACUAUAUGGUCAGCAUUUUAAGUGUGCACUCAGUUUGAUUAAAAACAUAAUGCAUUACUCUGUUAACCCCAUCCCUCCCCAUCACCCCCCCCCCCCCCCAAAUGAAU